AUGGGGAUGGCGAAAAGACGUAGGGAUGAGGAUGACGACAAUUACGAAUGGAUGAUCAGAAGAUGCUUUCCAUUCAAUGUUGCGAGGAGGAUCUUCUUUCAUGGAGGAGGCCUGGACAAUUCUGAUGGUCUGACUUGGAUUCGAAGCCACAAGCUGGGCCAAGGAAGCUUUGCGUCUGUAUACUCUGCAAAAUUGAGAUCAAAAUCACCGGUUGUUUUCAUUGAUGAUAACGGCGGCAGUCGCAUCAUGCCCUCUGAAUUGGCGGUGAAAUCAGCGGAAACCUCCAAAGCGUCAUCCCUCCGCAGAGAAAUGGAGAUUCUUGGUGUUCUGAAUUCCAGUUCGUAUGUGGUGCGCUGUUAUGGGGAUGAAAUCACAAGGACGGGUGACGGAAAACUUUACUACAAUAUAUUGCUGGAGAAGUGUUGUGGGGGUAGUUUGGGUAGUCGGAUCAGGAAUUCUGGUGGGGUUGGAUUGCCGGAGAAUGAGGUGAGGUGCUAUACUCGGGAUAUAGUUCGAGGACUCUGUUAUAUUCACGGCCAUGGUUAUGUCCACUGCGACAUAAAACCCGAUAAUAUUCUACUAGUGCCGACUUGUUGCAAUGGUUUCAGAGCAAAGAUUGGUGAUUUUGGGUUGGCCAAGGAAGCCUAUUAUGACCCUGCAGAUGAGGAUGAUGAGGGAUGCAGUGGGGUGAGAGGUACUUUCCGAUACAUGUCCCCUGAAUUAUUGACACAUAACAUGCAGUGUUGGCUUUCAGAUAUAUGGGCCCUUGGGUGUGUGGUGAUAGAAAUGAUCACUGGGAAGCUGGUCUGGAGUUGUGAACAAUUUGAAGGGUCCGACAUGAGAGAUCUUCUGAGGCGGAUAGCUUACAGCCCUGAACUCCCAGCAUUUCCAAGUGACAUUUCAGAGCAAGGGAGGCAUUUCUUGGAAAGUUGUCUUCAUAGGGACAUUGACGAGAGGUGGUCAGCCCUUAUGCUAUUGCGGCACCCUUUUCUAUCAGAGGAUGGCCAGAGAUCUGUAAGCAACCUCUUAAUGGAAUAA